AUGAAGGGCUUCCUGUUUCUCACACUCCUCCUGAUGCCCGUGCACGCUGGAACUGCUUGGAGUGCGAAAUAUGCAGUAGAUUGUCCCGAGCCCUGUGACAGUAACGCAUGCAAAAGUACCUUGCGCUGUAAGCGAACGGUGCUGGAUGACUGUGGCUGUUGCAGAGUGUGUGCAGCUGCUCUGGGGGAGACUUGCUAUCGUACGGUCUCGGGUAUGGAUGGUGUCAAGUGUGGUCCUGGGCUGAAGUGCCAGUUUUACACUGAGGAGGAUGACUUUGGUGAUGAAUUUGGUAUCUGCAAAGAGUGUCCCUAUGGUACCUAUGGAAUGGAAUGCAGGAAAACCUGCAACUGUCCCUCAGGCAUCUGUGACAGAGUAACCGGGAAGUGUUUGAAGUUCCCAUUUUUUCAACUGUCUGCUUCAAAGCCUCCAAAUCGACGAAAAAUAGUUUCACACACAGAGAAUGACAUGGCAUCAGGGGAUGGCAAUUCUGUAAAAGAGGAAUUCGUUAAGGAGAAAGCUAUUCGCUCUCCGGUAAUGAAAUGGCUAAAUCCUCGCUGA